AUGCCAGCAGCAGCGCCGCUCCUCAAGCCGACGGCCGACGACGACCUCGGCCGCUUCAAGAGCAUCGCGAGCGUGCUAGACGGCGGGAAUGGCCACGUCAGGGAGGCGGUGGAGGCCGCCAGGGACGCUGGAUCUGGGGCGCUGCACGCCGCCACCGGUCACAGGAGGAUGCCGGUGUGCGUCUACCUGGUCGAGAAGCUUCGCGUGAAUGUCAAUGCCGGAGACAACAAAGGAGCUCCGGGCACAGGUGGAUGGCCUGCAGGCCGCCCUUGCCUAGAAGCACGCUCUUGCCGUUGCCGAUCAGGCAACAUGGUGACUCUAGUGCACGCAGCGUUGGCCAUCCUCUUCGAGGCUGUGUUUAGAAAUAAUGCUCAUGGUAUAUUUAUAUGUCCUGCAACGCAUGCUCUUUUUUGGUCUAUACAGAAUCUUGAUAUGGACGAGCUGCAUCAGGACAACCUGGAGCGGAAGAACUUUGAGGGCAAGAUCAAGGAGAACCAAGAGACGAUCACCGGUUACCUCAUCCUCGUCGGCAUGCUUGGCUCCUUUGGCAGACCCCUCUUUGGCUCCUACCAACUUACUUUUGUCGCUGGCUAG